GCCGACGAGGACGCGGGCUGCAGAUCAGCGCUCCUCACUGUCCAGAGGCGCACCGUCAGCUUACCAUCCAAGAGUUUCUCAGCAGACCUUCAACAUUUUAUAAACCCCUUAAUGGAAGCCAAUUUGCAAAAAUAGUUUUUCCCCAAAUGAAUUUAAACGGAUAAUAAGUAGUUAGUAGUUGUUAUACCGAUUUUAAAACAAGAAAACAAAGUUUCAGAAGUCGAUUUCACCUUAGGCGCAGAUGGCAGCUUUGAUAAGCACCUACUCUUCGUGGCCGGAGAGCUUCGAGCGCUCCCCGCGAGAUACGGAGCUGCCCGACGGACACUGCGCGCACAGAGGCGCCGCCGACAAGGGCUCGGAGCCCCGCAUCAGGAGACCCAUGAACGCCUUUAUGGUGUGGGCGAAGGAUGAACGAAAGCGACUGGCGGUCCAGAAUCCAGACCUUCAUAACGCGGAGCUGAGCAAAAUGUUAGGUAAGUCGUGGAAGGCGCUGACGCCCCCCCAGAAGCGGCCGUACGUGGAGGAGGCUGAGCGUCUGCGCGUGCAGCACAUGCAGGAUUACCCCAACUACAAGUACCGGCCGCGCCGCAAGAAACAGCUGAAGCGCAUAUGCAAGCGCGUCGACCCCGGCUUCCUGCUCAACAGCCUGGGGCCCGACCAGAACGUGCUGCCCGAUGCCCGUGCCCGCUGCCGCGCCCUGGACAAGGACGAGGAGCCCGGCUACUCGCCCGGUCUUCCCGCUAUCCGCACCUUCCGGGAGGCGGCCGGCUCCGGCUCCGGUUUUGACUCCUACCCCUACGGGUUGCCGACACCCCCGGAGAUGUCCCCGCUGGACGCCAUGGACCAUGAGCACUCCUCCUUCUACUCCUCCCCCGGCUCCUCGGCCUCCUGCCCCGACGAGCGCCGCCCCAGUCCUCCCCACAUGAGCGGCGCGCUGCCGUACCACCCCGACUUCUGCCACGGGUCCCUUCACUGCAGCGGACCACACCCCAGUCACAUGGCCAUGCCGGCGAGCGGCACCUCGCUGAUAUCCAGUGCCCCCCUGUCCUAUUACGGCUCCUCGUUUCCUCCCAUCCAGCAUGGACUCCACAGUCACCUGGGCCAGCUUUCCCCCCCUCCGGAGCAUGGCAACCUGGAGACGUUGGAGCAACUCAGCCAGGCGGAGCUCCUGGAGGAGGUGGACAGGAACGAGUUCGACCAGUAUCUGAACUCCACCGGACACCCGGAAGCAGGCAGCAUGACCAUCACGGGGCACAUCCAGGUUGCCCCGGUCUCCACGCCCCACCCUAGCAGCGCUUCCGAAACAAGCCUCAUCUCCGUGUUGGCAGAUGCCACCGCCGCCUACUACAAUAACUAUGGCAUCUCUUAAACAAAAAUGCUCUCCAAACACUCUAACAUGAAUGAGGUCUUUUUUUUUUUUUUUUGCAAUGGCUUUAAAAUCGAAACUGAACAUCAACGUUGGCCGAGAAUGACAAAAAAAUGACAAAAAGAGACACAUUUAUUUAUGGACGCCUCAGGGAUCCAUCGCCGAACGGUGACGUCUUUCCCACGUUGGUCUCUUCCAGAGGGACUAUCUAAUGGACCAAUUUGUCUCGACUUAGAUUUCUUUAACUAUUCUCAGUUUGGCAUGAACAGGUGUUUCAAAAUAAUUUAAGUAUUUCAGUGUUGCGCAUAACUGCUUAAUCUUUGUUCUUCCCUUCUUUGUUCAGAUGUGUAUGACCUUUUUUAUGUAUGACCUUUUAUUGUAUAAAUAUAACUGAGAGUUUUACCUCAACACUGUUUUCAAAUAGUGCUGGAUCCUCACACCACCCUAAUCCGAUGGAAUGGAACGAGAAUGUGUUUUCUGGAGGAGAACGUCUUUUUUUUAAUUUUUAAACUGUGUCCCUUGCAUUUGCUCAUGGUGACAUUAUCAGCGAAGAUUUAUAUCAACCGAUUGCUGAAUUCAACUGUAAAAUGAAACGGACUAAAAUUAUAUUUAUAUGGAAAAGCGCAGAGGAGAUAUGUGUAUAAAUAGCUCGAAUGACAUCAGUACAUGUCAAUAUGUGGAAGUGGUCCUACUUUAGGUGUGACGAUGCCAUUCUGUACGUGUUUAAGAUAAGCUACUCCGUCCUGUAGCCUCCAAUGAAAUAUAAUAGUGUAAAUACACACUGCUGAUACUCCAAAUAACAAUCUGUAAUGUGAACUCCAGCUGAAAACAUGUAUGUAUAGUGGAUGCUCUUUGUAUUCUGUGAGAUCUGUAAUAGAAUGAUGUUCCACCCAAGGAGAUCAGUGCUAAUAAUACAAUAAAGUAAAUAUACUCAAGAUAA